ACAGCUUUGUUUUGAAGGCAAAUCUGGCUUUGAGCAAAGUUUGUGCUUGCAUCUGUUUGUUUGAUUGAGUGUCCUUAUUCCUGGUUUUUCUUUCUUCUUAUAUAGACAACUCGGCUUGGUCUUCUGUAGCAGCAGCCUUUGCCCGAAUGUGGUGUGAGGAUGAUGACUCAUCAACUAUUUUACAUGUGAUGCCACCGUAAAGUGCUUUAUGGGCUGUGUAGCUGAUCAGUCCACACCACUUGGCCUUUGGGUAGGUAAGCAAGUGGUCUUCAUGAGCUGCACUAAGUCAGAAAAGACCCUUUCUGCCUUGUGGGCUUUGACUGGGUUCUGGCUAUCUUUCCCUUUGGGCCUCCUUUCGGGCCAGCUCCUUCCUUGAGCCUAAAGUUCAAGUUUUGAUCCAAACAGACAUAAAAGUGUUUUUCAUUGUUAGAACCCGGGAAGUUACCUUCUCAUCCGUUUAGAGUCGAAAAGCUUGUUUCAUCAUUUGGAAAUGCUGUAGAUGGAGUGUAUGAGAUCCACCAUAUGUUGCCAAAAUCAAAAUGUCAGGUAUGACGGGAGAUGUAAAGUUGAGAUUCCCAGCAAUGGGACUUCUUCUCGGCAAUUCCUUAAUGUUGACAACACCAUUGGAAGCUUUGGCGGAAGCAUGCGAGGCUGACGACUCGGGUUUCAGCAUGCCUAUACUGCUAUUUGUAGCCCUUGUAGGGGCCACUGUUGGUGGCUUGGUUGCUCGGCAAAGGAAAGGAGAAUUACAGCGAGUGAAUGAACAGUUGCGUCAAAUCAAUCAAUCUCUAAGGAGGCAAGCUAAGAUCGAGUCAUAUGCUCCUAGUUUGAGUUAUUCACCGAUUGGUGCAAAAAUACUACCGGAGAGUGAGGUGAUAGUUGAGCCAAGGAAGCACGAGUUGAUUUCUCGACUGAAAGCUGGGAAGAAUUUUUUGAGAAAUCAAGAAACGGAGAAAGCACUAGAUGAGUUUAAGACAGCUCUUGAGCUUGCCCAAAGUAUGAAGGACCCAAUUGAGGAAAAGAAGGCUGCAAGAGGUUUAGGAGCCUCACUGCAAAGAUUGGGCAAGUACCGAGACGCUAUUAAGUGCCAUUCUAUGGUGUUGGACAUCUCCAAGCGAGAAGGAGAAGACUCAGGAAACACAGAAGCUUAUGGAGCGAUUGCUGAUUGUUAUACUGAGCUUGGAGAUCUCGAGCGUGCAGGGAAGUUCUAUGACAAUUACAUUGCGAGGUUGGAGUCCGACUGAAUCAGCUUCACCCAAAAGUUCUCUCUAUUAGUUACAGAGUUAUAGUGGCAUAUCACGAGAGGGUGUAAAUGACUUGUCACCGGCACUAGCCUGCAGAUCCCGGAACGUUUUGAUUUUGUUUCGUGGUACAAGUAGUUUAAUACAAAAUGCCUUUGGUUGA